AUGGGAAUGGACUUUGUGUUCAUCAAUGUUCGCGAACCUAAAGAUGCCUUGCAGCUAGCUAAAGAGCCCGAGAUCCGCUCUCACGUGGCUCGCUAUCAAUGGAAGCAAAUCGAGAACCGUCCGUCGCACUCCACUCAGAAGGCAGACGACAAAAAGAACCGGGACAAUCAGCCGUGGUCGACCUGCAUAGAAUUAGAUUGCCCCGCCUGGCAGGAUGAGGAUGGUCACCCUCCCACGCCGGAGGGCGUAGUCCAACCCCCCAUCUCGAUCCCGCCGCCACUCGGUGGAAUCCGCGUCGAUCCCUUUCGAUCCUAUCCGAUCUCGUUCAGGCCAUUCCUACCACAGCUCGUGGAUCACUAUCUCAUGAGUAUGGCGGUCGACAUUCCCGAGCUGGACCAGCCCGGUAACCGGGGCCUUCUCCGAACCAGCUGGUUUCCGCUGGUAAUGACCGAGCCGUCGCUGUUCCUAGUCAUCAUGUUGCUGGCCGGCUCGCACUAUGCCUCGGUGCGGGAUCCGUCGGCGGAUCUCAAGCUAGAUCUGCUCCGUCUGCGAUGCGAGACCGUCAACGCCAUCAACUAUUUCUUGCAAUUCCAGCAGAAGAACGGUGUCAACGAUGCACUGGUGGGCGCUAUCGCGAAGAUGGCCAGUUACGAGGCUAUGUUCGGUAGCAUGGAGAACUACAGCGUGCACAUGCGCGGUCUCACUCGGGCGGUCGGUCUACGAGGCGGUCUCACGUCCCUCGGACUGAACGGGCUGCUCCGGCGAAUAGUGGUCUGGAUAGACCGCAACGCGGCCUUCUUGCACGGAUCGUCGCUUUAUUUCCCCGGCGCGACAUUUGUGCCGGGGCAAGCAUUGCCCGACCCAAAUCCGGGUCAUUUCUUGGGAGCGUCAUAA